AUGGCCGAACUCGGCACAAUCGUAGGCGUCAUCUCCCUCGGCAUCCAAGUAUCCGAGGGCCUAAUCAAAUACUACACCUCUUACAAAGACCGCGAGUCCGAAACAGCACACACAGUCAAGCGGCUCUCACACCUCCUAGGAAUCCUAGAAAUCCUCCGCAAAAAUCUCGACGAGCGUGAAUUCGACCCAGACGAUGACGCCGACAAGAAGCUGCUCGGGGUGAUGCAGCGGUCGAUUAGCGACUGCGAGGACCUCAUUCACGAACUGCAGGAGGAAAACGCCAAGUUCGCCACAUCAGCCCGUGAACCGGGGAGUAAUCGUGUGACGUCGGCAGUGCGCGCGACGGGGCGGCGACUGGCGUACCCGUUCCGCCAGAGUACCCUCCAGAAACUAGACGAGGACAUCGACGAGAUCAGCGCGAGUUUGACUCUCGCGCUGCAAGUGCUACAGCAGCAGGACCUGGGCAGCGUGCAGGAUGACAUCCGCGACACCAAGGCGCUGCUAGAGCUGGUACGGGCGGGCCAGAUCUCGGCGGAACUCCAAACCUGGCUGGCCGCGCCGGACGCGUCGAUCAACUACAACGAUGCGUGCAAGAAGAAGCACCCGGGUACGGGUCUGUGGUUCAUCCGCAGCGGGGCGUUCACCACCUGGCUGCGGACGGCCAACUCUUUCCUGUGGCUGAACGGGUUUGCCGGGUGUGGGAAAUCGGUGCUAUCGUCGACUAUUAUCCAACAUACCAUGCGCCAUCGGCGGUCGAACCCGGCCGUGGGCAUCGCGUUCUUCUAUUUCACCUUCAACGACGACGCCAAGCAGGACACCUCGGCCAUGCUGCGGGGGUUGAUCGCCCAGCUUGCGUCGCAGGUUGGCGCGCGGGGGGGAAACGACCAACAAACGCAAGACGGGACGCUGUCACGGUUGCACCAGAGCUACCGCGGUAGCCGGCCAACUGACCACGCGUUGUUGGACAGCCUGCACCAGCUGGUGCAGGAGUUUGAGGACGUGUACAUCGUGGUGGACGCUCUGGACGAGAGCCCGCGGCACAAGCAUCGCGAGGAGGUGCUGGAGGCUCUCGGGGAGAUGCGGAAGUGGCCCGGCCCGGAGCUGCAUUUGCUGGUGACGAGCCGGGACGAGCAGGAUAUCCGGGAAGGGUUGGGGUUUUUGAUGGGUCUGGAUGUGGGCGCCGCGACGGACGAGCGGAUUGUGUCGUUGAAGAAUGAGUCGAUUGAUGGGGAUAUUGCGUCGUUUGUGUCGGGGCAUCUGAAGGAUAAUCGGCGGCUGAGGAAGUGGGAUAAGUACCGGGACGAAAUUGAGCAGGCGCUCACCAAGGGGGCCAAGGGCGUAUUCCGUUGGGUUGAGUGCCAGUUCGCGGCCCUCGAAGCCUGUCCCGGGAGCAAGACCCGACUGGAUGCGCUGCUCAACUCGCUGCCGCGCAACCUGGACAAGACUUACGAGCGUAUGUUGGCCAACAUCGAAGAGGAGUCGGCGGAAGAGGCCAAGCGGAUCCUGACGCUGCUCUGCACGGCUAAGCGGCCGCUGGCGGUCGAGGAGCUCAUUGACGGCAUCGCGGUCGAGCUGGGGGACAACCCGCGCUUCAACGAGGAUAGCCGGCUGAUGGGCGAGGACGACAUCCGCCACAUCUGCCCGGGCUUCAUCGAGGUGGACGCCAACGUAGACGACAACAGCGGCAGCGAGGCCACGGUACGCAUCGCCCACUACUCGGUGCAGGAAUAUCUCGAGUCGACGCGCAUCCUAGCCUCGGGCAGCAGCAUGGCGCGGUACGCCGUGCAGCGCGAACAGGCUAACACCGAGGUGGCGGCCAUCUGCCUGGCGUACCUGCGCAACCGGGAGCUGUGCGAUGCCUGUCUGCGCCAGAACCUGAGCGCCUGGAAGUUCGCGCGCAUGUACCCGCUGGCCAACUAUGCGGCCACCAACUGGCCUGAGCACUACCGCGAGGGCCACGGCGACGACGGCGGCCUACACGAGCUAGCCCUUGGGCUGUUCCACGACGAUCAGCUGUCACUCGUCAGCUGGGCCAACAUCUUCAAAUGGGGGGGUUACAAGCGUGAUGGGCUCGGCGACCGCAUCUUAUCGCCGCUCUACCUCGCUGCCCGUCUUGGCCUGGAUCAAAUCGUGAGCGUGCUCGCCGCAGAGCUCAAAUCUUCCUCUUCUUCUUGUCCUUCACGCCCCCUUCGAAACGCCUUCGAACAAGCCCUAAUCGCAGCCGCAACCCACGGUCACGCCAGCACGGUACACGCCCUCAUCGACCACGGAGCGGACGUCGACUUCCAGGGCUUCGAAGGCACCGCGCUGCACCUCGCCUCGCGCCACGGUCACCUCGCCGCCACGCAGGCCUUGCUCGACCGCGGCGCGGACAUCGAAGCGCAGGACUACCGUGGUAAGACAGCCCUCUACGACUCCGCGGCCUGGGGUAAAGAGGAAAUCGUACAGUUUCUCCUUGACCGCGGCGCCCAACACACGCCCCUCGGCGCCUACGAUACUCCCCUAGAAUGUGCCGCGUCGUCCGGCCGCGACAAGAUUGUCGCAAUGCUCCUCGACCACGGCGCUGACCCCAACAAGGGCCGAUACCGAAUCCCGCUGGAAGCCGCCCGCGAACACGUCAAAGUCGUCCAGAUCCUCCUCGACCGCGGCGCAGACGCGACCCGCGAUGGGCCCGUACCCCCGCUACACGCCGCCCUGGAAGCGGGCACGGCCGACGUGGUGGCCCUUCUGCUCGACCACGGCGCCAAUAUCAAGCGGGUGGGCGGCAUGCCCGCGGCGCUCCAGCGGGCCAUCACCAACAAUAACCAGCCCGUAGUCGAAAUCCUCCUCGACCGCGGCGCCGAGGUCAACGUCCCCGGGCCCACCUACACCCCGGCCGAGGCCGCGAUGAGCCGGCAGUCAGACGGCAUCCUCAAGUUGCUUCUUGAUCGCGGCGCGGACCCCAACGCGGGGGUUGUGACCACGCCGCUGGAACAAGCAGCAGCUAACGGUGACAUUGACAGCGUGCGCGUGCUUCUUGAGCAUGAGACGAACAAGGCGGACCCGAACCUGGGCAAACAAGAGACACCACUGGAGGCGGCCGCUGUGAAACGCGCGGCCGGCAUCGUUACGCUGCUGCUGGAACAUGGUGCCGACCCCAACCUAGGUCUUCUCCGCACCCCGCUCGAGGCGUUUCUUGACGAGGGGAUUGAACCACGCAGUGUUCUGCAGCUGCUGGUGGAUCACGGCGCUGAUAUUCACCGCGGGAAGGCCGAGCCGCCGGUGGAUAUUGCGCGACGGAAGGGGUUCAGCUUGGAGAAGAUGGAGGAGCUGAAGGUAGAGAUACGGAUUAAGGAGGGAAAGGGGGAUGGCGAGGAGGAGGAGGAUGAGGGGAUUGCGUUUGGGGAUAUGAAGCCGUCGGUGAUGCCGUGGGAGAUUACCAAGAGGGUGCUCGGGUUCAGGUCGAAAGACGUGGGGCCGCUGGGGGAUGACUGA